CUGACCGCCAGAUCUGACACCUCAAGCUUCUCUUCUUCGCCUCGCCUCGCCUCGCUUCCCUUUACGGCCUCCCACCCCCUCCCAGAUCCCGAUCUCUCCGGCCUCCCCAUGCCGCCUCCUCCUCGCCUCGCCUAAAGCUCCCGCCGCCCCACCAUGGCCUCGCGGCCCCCGCUCCGCACCGCCUCCGCCGCCUCCUCCUCCUUCUCCACCGACUCGCCCACCUCCGCUCCCCCCGGCGGCGUCCCGCAGUCCAUCACCGCGCUCCUCAACAACCCGCUCCCCUCCGCCUCCUCCUCCUCCUACUGGCUCACCUGGCCCCCUCCCACCCCGCUCCCCGACGCGCCUCCCCCGCCCUCCCACCCCUGCGAGGUCUCCCGCGCCGACUUCGCGCCCUACCUCGCCGCCGUCGCCGACCCCUUCGCGCGCUUCGCUGACAUCCGGCUCCACGCCUCGGCCGAGCUCGCGGCCUCCGAGGACGGCGGCGCCCCCGCCAGCUCCGGCCUCGCUGCCUGCCUCCGCGAGGUGCCCGCCCUCUUCUUCAAGGAGGACUUCGCGCUCGAGGAUGGGCCCACCUUCGAGGCCGCCUGCCCGCUCGGCGACGACGCGCUGCAGGAGCGGCUCGGCCAGCACCUGGACGUCGUCGAGGCGCACCUCGUGCGGGAGAUCGCGCGGCGCUCCGAGUCCUUCUACGAGGCGCAGGGACGGCUGCGCGGGCUGGACGGGGAGAUCGUUGCGGCGGUCGGGGGUAUCCGGGAGCUCAGGGAGGUGGUCCGGGUGCUCACCGGCGACCUCGUGGGUGCCGCACGCCAGGUGCAGGAGCUCAAUGCGACGCGGGGUAACCUUGUGGCGCUGCAGCAGAAGCUCACCGUCAUCCUCUACGUCAGCCAGGCGCUCGCUGCUCUAAAGCUGCUUGUGGCAGCUGCAGACUGUGCUGGUGCCCUUGACAUCAUCGAUGACUUGCAAAACUUGCUAGAUACUGAUGAGCUUACUGGGCUUUAUUGCUUUCGAAAUAUUCGUGAUCAGUUGGGGACUUCACUAGAUUCAGUCAACAGCAUUCUUUCAGCAGAAUUUGUGCGGGCUGCUGUUCCUGAUGGAAAAGCCAUAAAUGCAUUAAUUCAAUCAAAUGUGAAAAGGAAGGCUUCUGCCCCCCUUAAUGGGACAGAGCAUGAAGUAAACAUAGAUGAGGAAGAAAGCUUCAUUCUGAGAGAUCGGCUUCUUCCCCUCAUUAUUUGCCUACUGAGAACGGACAAACUUCCUGCUGUGCUAAGAAUUUACCGUGAUACACUCAUUACUGUUAUGAAAGCUUCAAUUAAAGCCACAGUAGCUGAGCUGCUCCCAAUUUUGGUUGCUAGACCAAUGGAUUCUGAUUCAGUCAAUGGAGACAGAGCUACCGAUUCUGAUGCUGGAGGCCAGUCGUUAGCAAAUAAGUUGCGCAGUCUGUCGUCUGAAGGGUUUGUUCAGCUUUUAUCGGCUAUAUUUAGGAUAGUUCAGGUACAUCUAGUGCAAGCAGCUGAAGUUAAAAGAAUAGUUGAGUGGUUCAUGGGAAACCUUGAGGGGAGCUUAAGUUCUGAUGGUUCAAAUCCUGUACUGCAGCACAGUGUUUCUGAUUUUUCCCAAGAGAGUGACUAUGUUGUCACUUCACGGGUAUCUAGUACUCUUACACGGAGUAAUUCUAAGUUUCCGUUCUUUCAAGGAAAAACAAAUGACAUGUCCAAUCCAAAUUCAAUAAAGAAUGUCCGAGCUGAUGUCUUGAGAGAAAACACAGAAGCAGUUUUUGCUGCAUGUGAUGCUGCCCAUGGACGAUGGGCAAAGCUUCUAGGUGUUCGUGCUGCCCUUCACCCCAAAUUAAGGCUUCAGGAGUUCUUGAUCAUCUAUAAUAUAACAGAAGAAUUUGUAGCUGCCUCUGAAAAGAUUGGAGGCAGGUUGGGUUACAACAUUCGUGGAAUUGUACAACAACAAUCAAAGCAAUUUGUUGACUAUCAGCAUACUGUUCGGAUGACAAAAAUCAAGGCAGUUCUUGACCAAGAGACAUGGGUUGCUGUUGAUGUUCCAGAAGAGUUCCAAGCAAUUGUUCUGUUACUAUCAUCCACUUAUUCCUCUGCUAAUGGCAUGGAGAUGCCUAGCACUGAUGACAACUCAAAGCUCAGUGAACAUCAGGCUAUGCAAGAACCAGUAAAUUCAUCUGAAAAUAAUACUGAUAAUGGCAAUGUAGUUCAUGAGAACAAAGCUGAAUCUACUUCUCAGACUGAAAACAGUGUUGUUGGGCAUGUUAGAUCAACACAGCAAACCAUUGUGCAUGGAGGUAUUGGCUAUCACAUGGUAAACUGUGGUUUGAUAUUGUUGAAGAUGUUAUCAGAAUACAUUGACAUCAGUAAGUGUUUGCCAUCAUUAUCUUUUGAGGUGGUCCAACGUGUUGUUGAAAUAUUGAAGCUCUUCAACACUAGGACUUGCCAACUGGUUCUUGGUGCAGGUGCCAUGCAGGUGUCUGGUUUGAAAUCAAUUACUUCUAAGCAUUUAGCUUUGGCAAGUCAAAUAAUCAGCUUUAUACAUUCUUUAAUUCCCGAUAUCCGUCGUGUACUUUUCUUGAAGAUACCUGAGGCACGCAAACAAUUGUUAAUGUCUGAACUGGAUAGAGUGACUCAGGAUUAUAAGACUCAUCGGGAUGAAAUUCACACCAAGUUAGUCCAGAUAAUGAGAGAGAGAUUGCUAGCAAAUCUGAGAAAAUUAUCCCAAAUUGUGGAAAGUUGGAAUGGACCUGAGGAUAAUGAUCUGCAGCCAAGUCAAUUUGCCAAGGCUGUUACGAAGGAAGUUAGUUACUUGCAUCGCAUCCUUUCUCAAACAUUGCUUGAGGCUGAUGUGCAGGCGAUAUUCAGGCAAGUAGUUCAAAUAUUCCAUUCACAUAUUACAGAAGCAUUUUCAAAGUUAGAACUCAGUACACCUCAGGCAAAGAACAGAUUGUGCCGAGAUAUCCAACAUAUUCUUGUAUGUAUUCGGAAGUUGCCGGCUGAGAACUUCAGUGCAGAAACUAUUCCGAAUUAUGGUCUUCUUGAUGAUUUCUUGGCUGAAAUGUUUGGGACAAAAGUUGAUGAAUGAUUGACCUGUACAUUAGGAACUGACUUGUCUGCAAAUGUUCAAUGCUCAUAUGGUACCUGGGAAGUACUCCCAAGAUAUCACCUCAUUGACGUGAAAUCCUGUGCAGGCAUAGCUCCACGGGAUGAGUACACAACGGAGUACUAUGUCAAUAUUCCCGGUAGUGCCCUGUGAAAAUCACAGCAUUGUUUUUGCCCUUUCCUGAGCUUAAAUUGUUGCCCAAUACUUUAACCAUGCCAGGCUGCUUCCAUUUAUUUAUUUGUUACAAUAGCAAUUGAUCCCUUUCUGGGAACCUGAUAUUUGUUAGAAGUUCGUAUAGAGGGAACUGAGUUUUGGCAUCACGGUCACUGCAAGCUUCUUGCUGUUUUUCGUCUGCUGUAUUUUGUUCCUGUAAGGUGUUGUAAUUAAUCUGAUGAAUAUGAAAAGCUUCCAGCGCUAUGCAUGGAUAUAUAUAAUGGGAAAUUUAGGAUUACUACAUGUACUUUUUUCGGUAUUUAUCUUUAUGCAUGUAUUUGAUUAAUUGAUGAUAUUAAUUUCAUU